CAAGAUCCCACCUCGCAACAACGCCUGACUGAAGAGAGAUUGCAGAAAUUCGGUGCAAAAUGUCUGAUCUUAGCCACAAGAAGAGGAAGAGGGAUGGGGAGAAGUCGGGGUCAUCGAAGAAAAAAGUCAUCAUUGACGCACCGCACCCAAUUGCUACAGUCUCCUCCGUUCUUCGCCCAAAGUCAUGCCCUCCUGUGAUUGCGAAUACCCCAGGCAUGGAAAUGCCCUCGAAUCUUAUGUUUCACUCAUAUCUCCCUAAAAAUGCGGCCUCUUCAAAGUCAAAAAAGGCCGCCAUCGACAAGGGACUUCUGCUUCACUCCACAACACAUCGAAAUCUGGACUAUACAGCAAGAGAAGAAGAGCGCGGCUCGAAACCACUUCUGAACCACUACAUCGGAAUUUACGAUCCUAAAACUGGCAAAUUACAAGUUGUUGAGGCCAAGAAGAUGGUUGUGCGCGGUGCCGUCCGAUCGAAGCAAGUAACAACGGAGCAAGAGGGCAAGAAGAGCAUGCUGGACCAGAGAACGGAUCUUGGUCAGACUUUCGGAACCAAGAAGGCCAAGAAGGCCAUCCAAGACAAGGUAUUGAAUGCCAUUACUCCACAAAGGAAGCCUGGCGACACCAGCACCCCAGUCAAGUUGGACGAUGCCUCCAAAGCCAUCCUCAACUCCAUUGGCGCGGUUACAUCAACAAUGGCCUCGAGAGAAGAGCUGCAGGCAGCCGUCGACGAAGCCAAGCCGGUGCCCAAAGCAAAUGUCGAUGCUAGCGAAGUCUAUGACGUAUACCGCCCCGAGGAACUCAUCGGAGCAGACAUCAUCAACCUUGUUCCCAUCCGAGAAUGGCAGGAAAAGGCGAAACACGGCGAAAGCAUUCAGUUUCAAUCUCGAUAUGUUGUCUCUCGUGUGCAAGCUAUUGCCUCCAACGACUCUGCAGAGAUGCGGUUGCGCGUGCUGAGAUACCUCUCCAUUGUCCUCCUGUUCUACCUCUACUCAAAGCCUGGCCGCCAAAAGGGUACUAGACAGCUGCCUCCCCGAGAAAAGCUCCGAGAGCUACUGGCACCGGCACCCGAAGCGGUCGUUGAAAACAUUCGGCGCAAGUUCUCAGACGGUGGUCAGCUGCGGAAGUUCCACAUUGACCUCCUGAUUGCGCACUGCUGCGCAUUGGCUUGCAUUGUUGAUAACUUCGAGGUGGACACACAGCAUCUGAAAGAUGACCUCAAGUUGGACCAGAGGGUGAUGAAUCAGUACUUCCACGAGAUCGGAGCCAGGGUGAAGCCUGUCAAAGACAAGACUGAGGAUCGCACUCUACAUGUGGCGAAGCUUACGCUGCCACUGGACCUUCCAAAGCAGCGACAAAUUCGAGCGCGCCGAUAAAAGGCGAGAAUGUGUACGAGAGAAGAGAUAAAAACGGCGGCAAGAUCUGAAAGCUUAGAAGUGGGAGGGAUGCCGAUUACAUGAGCGGGCGCAGCUGGAGAGACGUGUAUAUACAUUUCUGUCAUUCAGCUGUUCUACAUGCACUCACCAACAUGUGGGCAUUAUUAUUUUAUUUUAUUUUUUUCCAAAGCAUGUCGUUGCACCUGAGAUAUUGUACCAUACGUGGUGAUACCCAGGGUUUCAGUUACAUAGAACAUAUAGUAGUAGUAGGCACAAUAAAAGCAAAAGCAGC